AUGGUGAGCAAAGAGGACACCACAUACGUUGUACUCUCAAACUCAGACGACUCAGAUUCAGAAACAGAACAAUCACACCUCGAUACUCAGUCCGGACCGGAAUCAGGCAAGCCGCAGGUGAAGAAGAGAAACAAGGCCCUACAAGUGCGAUUUAAAGAUAUCUGCGAAGCUCAGAAUGAGCACCAGGGGAAACACUCCAGAUCCAUUUCCUGCAAAGUGACUCACAGAAAAUACAUGACCAUGCCUGCAAGACGCUCCAUUCCGAAUGUGACCAAGAGUACUGGUGUCCAGACAUCGCCAGACCUCACCAAGCGAUACAAGACUUUCCCUUUUGAGAGGAAAAAGGGACACACGUUCAAACACACUGCUUUGGUGGAAGAUUACAAAGGACAAAACAAUGGGUUUUUGAGUGAUAUAAAGACGGCAGGAGAGGACGGACUACCUCUCGGGGAGUCGUCGAAGUACAAAGGUAAGAUUGUGGGGCAGACGAAAGCACUGCUUCACCACACUGAUGACAGCAGUGAUACAGAGGAUUUGCUUUCCAGUGCCAACUGUCUGGAUGGACCCUCGUGCCCGGAAUCGCAUUUCUCGGAAGAGGGCCAUCCGAGCAGCCCUCCUUCCAAAAGUGAACAAGAGUACCAGGUUUGUGGGACAAGGACCAAACACAAAGGAUUACCCAAAGAAGGCAUGGAUGCUGGCACGUCCUCAAAGCGUCAGCUGGCUAACUCUGAGUUUUCACAGGAGAAGUCAAAGGGAAUGGGCCCCGUUGAGUGGAACACUAUAACACAGGUGGAGUCUUUAGGAAGCCCCUCUGUGAGCUGUAAGCGGAAAAAGGGCACACAGUUAAACAAACAGCAGUCACAGACACUUCCCCAUAGUGCCAAAUGUUCUGUACAGUCACAAGGGCAGUGUCGGACAAGGCACGUGUCAGCCUCCUCUAAACUCCAGCAAACAGUCGCGGGUGACGAGGGCUUUCCUCAAGGAGACACGAGAGCCCCAGGCAUGGGGAGCAGCCAGCAGAUAAUGCCCGUAUCAGGAGACAAGGAUAUCAAAGCACAGCUGCAGGCCAUGGAGAACCUCAUCAGCUCGAGCCAGGAAACCAUCAAGGUCCUGCUUGGAGUUAUUCAGGAGCUGGAGAAAGGUGAAGCACAGAGAGAGGGGCUCUCCUACCGAACAGGACAAGACACAGCAAAUUGUGACACUUGUCGAAACAGCGCAUGCAUCAUUUACAGUGUGGAGCUGGACUUCAAGCUGCAGGAGGACAAGCUGCACCCCCUGAUGAGGAGGCUGUGCCCCCUGGACAGCCCACAGUUCCCUGCCUUGCCUUACUCCAACGAAGUGUUCACCUCCACCCCCAAACGCAAGUCCAAGACAGAGUCCAAAAAGCACGCUCGCUGGAAACUCUGGUUCCUUUGAAUCCAACACCAAGGCUUCGGAAAACAGCCUUUGUAUCGGGCACAUUAAUACUCCUGUUAUUCUCUAAACGGAGCAGAAGGAGCAAUCAACCCAUGAGGAUUGAUAACGACGGACACCGGUUCAGUUGAGUUGAGACAUCACGUCCAGUGAGCUGAGGGGACAGCAGACACAAAGAAGAAAGAAAAAACAUUUUCAUUUCUGUCAAACCUUUUUCUGGCUCUUGUGCUGGAGAGGUGUCGACAGGCACCUGCGGAAAACUAGGUGAGCUUAAGGAUAUUUGUACAUGUAUUUUUUCAAACCUGCGUAACGACGGAUGUUAUUUAUAUUCUGGGUUUAAUGCACCUCUCACUUUAUGUUCACAUGGUUUUAUUGCAUCCUCCAAUGCAAUGCACUUUUGGUCUCUCUCCCCUCAGAGCAUAUUGCUUGGCAACGAGAGGAGGCGCCGUGGGGGGGGGGGCCUUUUGUGAGCGAAGCUAUAAUCUUUGAAUGGACAUCCGCCCGACCUCCGGCAAAGCACAAACAUUUGACUAUUGACAGGAACAUGCGUAAAGAGAC